GUGCUUCUUGCCCUCUCUAAAAGUGCCCCCGAUAUCCACCUUCCUCAUACUUAUCUAAGAGGUCUAUAUAAGGAGGUAUGGACGCCGGCUGUGGAGCCAAACCUCCUUUCUACACCCCUCCGCACAGUGUGCCGAGUGCCGUGUGCAGCAGGUCAGGUCUGGUGCACAGGAACGCAUAAACACACCAAGUGCAGAGAAUGGGGAUCCACUGAAGCUCAGCGAAGAAUCCGGAUGGUCCCUGUUUGGGUUGCGGAGGAGUCCCCUAAGGAACACUUAGGUCCCAAACGCAAGCUGCUUCCCUCCCCCCACUCAGUUUUUGGGGCUGUGGCAACCUAAAAGAGGGAUCGGCUUCGCCACUGAGAUCUCAGGCCUCUGCCAACCACCACCCCCACAUCCCUAGCCAUCCUUGGCAGGUCUCAGUCCGGGUUCCAGCGGUGCCCUCGUUCCAGCCGCAGCUAUGCUGCACACCGAGGGCCACGCUCUUCUUCGGGCCGUGGGUCAGGGUAAGCUACGCUUGGCCCGUUUGCUUCUGGAGGGAGGCGCCUACGUGAAUGAGGGUGAUGCUCAGGGGGAGACUGCGCUAAUGGCGGCCUGUCGGGCGCGCUACGACGACCCCCAGAACAAGGCGCGCAUGGUACGCUACCUCCUGGAGCAAGGCGCGGACCCCAACAUCGCAGACCGCCUAGGGCGCACGGCGCUGAUGCACGCUUGCGCCGGGGGUGGGGGCGCCGCUGUGGCCUCGCUGCUCCUUGCCCACGGCGCAGACCCCUCUGUACGAGAUCACGCGGGCGCCUCGGCACUCGUACACGCUCUGGACCGCGGGGACCGCGAGACCCUUGCCACACUACUGGACGCCUGCAAGGCCAAGGGUACAGAGGUCAUCAUCAUCACCACUGACACAUCGCCCUCGGGCACCAAGAAGACCCGGCAGUAUCUCAAUUCCCCACCCUCCCCAGGGGUGGAGGACCCUGCUCCCGCUCCUCUGAGUCCGGGGGUCUGCACGUCGCCUUCGGAAAUCCAACUGCAGACCGCAGGAGGAGGAGGGCGGGGGUUGUUAUCCCCUCGCGCCCAGGAGGAAGAGGAGAAGCGGGACGUAUUUGAAUUCCCUCUUCCGAAGCCCCCCGAUGACUCCUCCCCUUCUGAGCCGCUCCCCAAGCCACCUCGUCACCCCCCAAAACCACUCAAAAGGCUUAACUCCGAGCCCUGGGGCCUGGUUGCCCCUCCUCAACCGGUCCCACCCGCCGAAGGGAGGCCGGGGAUCGAGCGCUUGACCGCCGAAUUCAACGGCCUCACCCUGACGGGUCGACCCCGUCUUUCCCGACGUCACAGCACUGAAGGCCCGGAGGACCCGCCCCCAUGGGCGGAAAGAGUGACUGGCGGGGGCCCCCUCUCUCGCCGAAACACAGCGCCAGAGGCUCAGGAGUCUGGUCCCGCUUCAGGGCUGAGGCAGAAACUGAGCCGCAUGGAGCCGGUGGAGCUCGACGCCCCCGGACAUCUUUGCCCCGACUCGCCGGAGUCCAGCCGCCUGUCCCUGGAGCGCCGCCGAUACAGCGCUUCCCCGUUGACCCUCCCUCUGGCGGGUUCGGCCCCCUCCCCGCGCCAGUCCCAGGAGAGUCUGCCGGGGGCCGUGUCUCCGCUAAGCGGACGGAGGCGGAGUCCUGGGCUGCUGGAGCGGAGGGGAUCGGGGACCUUGCUCCUGGACCACAUUUCGCAAACGCGACCGGGUUUCCUGCCCCCGCUCAACGUCAGUCCCCACCCUCCCAUUCCCGACAUUCGUCCCCAACCCGGGGGUCGGGCGCCCUCGCUGCCUGCCCCUCCCCAGGCCGGGGCGCCAGGCUCUCCCAGGACCAAGCGCAAAUUGGUGAGACGCCACUCCAUGCAGACUGAGCAGAUUCGCCUGCUAGGGGGCUUCCAGAGCCUAGGCGGGCCAGGGGAGCCAGGGCGCUGAGUAAGAGGAGCCAAGGAGGGCGGGGACCGGGUCUUGAUGGGAGCGGUGGGAGAACCAGCUCACACACACACCACGGACAUAGGGAUCUCUUGCAUGUGCUCAUGGGCACGAUGAACGCACACAUGGGUAAACGUGUGUCCACAAGCACAGUACUCUUACUAGCAAGGAGAGCUAAGUACUCUAUUUGCUGGGGAUAUAGACACACGCAUUCAUGCCCUGGUCAUUUCACAUGCAUGUGGGAUUAUUUGUGUACCCACAGGCACGACAUACCAAUAAACACAAAGCGCCACUUGUGCUAGGGUCCCAAACUCACUUGCAUUUGUUCAGAAGUAGUAGGGAAUCCCUACUUAAGGGUAGUCUCAGAUAUCUUUGCCCUCCUGCAGAAGUAAUACCUUGCUUUCCAUGUAUGCCCUGCAACACAACCUAUAUCAUGAUUUUGCACACUCGACCCUCUUCAUGAAUAUCCCACUCCAUUCUGCAGGUCUUCCUUCUCUCUCCAGGCCUGGCUCCUUGUUCACACCCUGCUUCCAGCCCCAAUCACUUUUCAAGAUAUCUUCUUCACUCUUCUUGGGGAUUCCUGCAGCAACUCCCAGCCUCAGUUCUGCUGCUACCCUUCCUGCUCUCAACUUCACUUCUUGACUUCCUGCUUUUUAUUCCCAAUCCUGUUCCCCCAACCAUUACAACAGGUGGUCUCAUUUUCCCAGGGGUGGGCCAUGGGCUCUAAGCUGCUCUUCUGUCUGUCUGAGCUUAUGAACACCCCCACAGGUAGAAGUGGGGAGAAACCCUAAAUCACUCCUCUCUCCACUUGACAUAUCAAAUAAAUGUGUUCAGAAGUC